AUGCCUCCCCCCCAUCAGGUUGGCGAGUAUACUGGAAUGGAAGCUCUCCCCACUUUUAGGAACUCCUCAAAACAAGUAAUCAAAGAAGCCCAGGUCUCCUGUUUGACCAACGAUAACGCGAAUCCGCAUGAGGAUAAAGUUUUCUCGGUCAUCACUACUAGCAAAAACUCCAAGCAGGGUACUAGUCUUGAGAGUAAUAUUGAACGCGUUGGGGGUUCGGACAAUGGUGAAUGUGCGUUUGUCAAGAUUGCCGAUCGGAAUGGGCGGGUUCAUGAUGUGACGCCAGCUUCCCAGUCGUCAGAUGUGGAUAGUGCUCUACCAGUUAACCUGGAAGCGCCCGCGAGGACUUCCUUUUCUUGGCUGUCAGGUGAGGAGCCUGACAUUUCCUGGGAUGAUGGCAGAAGGGAGUUGCCGGAUGUGCAGUUGCAUAAGUUUGGAGGCAGCAUUGUCAACUCAGUUACCAUUCAUCGUCUCCCUGGAGAUGGGAAAGGAUUAGCGGAUGAAGAUAUUAUAAUCCUCAGUAAUAACGACAAGACCGUGACCGUUUAUUCUUUGACCCGUUCAAAGGUCCUUAAAGUCAUUCAUCACGCGGCAUGUAUGAACUAUGCAAUAAUGUCACCGGACUCUACCAUCCUUGCUGCAGUUGGUGAUGAGACCCGUGCAUAUUUUUAUGAUGUUACUCGUGACUUCAAUGCCACUACUCUGAUCGAAAGCGGCGAUAAGCUUACUGGUUGGAACUGGGAGCUCAUCCGAUGUAUAGAGAUGGAUAUCGGCACGCGAUUUGAUGAUGGAUGCUGUUUUUGCAUCGCAUUCUCUCAAUUUAGUCGACUAUGUGCCAUCGGAUCUCAGUCUGGAGUCAUUACUAUAUUUGACGUUAAAACCAUUCGCGACAUUUUCUGUGAACCAAACGGCAAAAAUUCGGUAAUUUGUCAUUUUAAUUCUUCAAGGCUUUCUUGCAACGGGGGUGCUGUGCGCUGCAUGACUUUUGCACCGGAGCCUUGGGACCUCCUGGUAUGGCUUGAAGAGCGAGGGCGGGCGGGUAUUGCAGAUGUACGCCAGGCCUUUGUUCGCAGGCAGAUUCUCCAGUUGGAUAUGGACGAACCCGGCAUACAAGAGGUUCGCACAGAACCGUUAUUAGACGAUUCUGCGGUUCUGGGCUUUGACCUCAAUAGUCGAUUCAGUCUUGAAUCACGCCAGGAAGUUGACGCAGCACAAAGAGCAAUCCUUGAUUCGAUUGAGGGUCCGUCAACUGAUCCACGUGCGGGUACUUCUGACAACUCGCCAUUGCGCGAUAGCUUGAUACACAACCUUACGGAAAGGGAAAGGCUAAUUGUGGAGUUUUUGAACACAGCGCGUUGGACGUCGAGGUUAGAAGAAGGCCUGGCAGAGCGGCGAGUCAGAUCCAAUGCAAACCCACCACCUGUACCUCGUUCACGGUUUCAAAGUUCCACAGAUGCUCCUAAUCGAACCUCUCGUCCUACGUCACCUCUUCGCCACAAUGAGCUGUCUCGGGAUCUUCCGCGAGAGGCACAACCCGCUACUGAAUCUUCGAAUCGCAGACAAAAUGCGGGACGACAGAGUUCGGUUGUAUUAUCACAGGGUAAUUCUGAAGCAGGAAAUCGAACACCAGAGUCCGGCAGCUCAAACAUGGAUCCACAGCCAAGCAUAGCCCUCACUUGGACUGCAUCGCCUGCUGAGAUGCAGUCUACCAUAUCGGACAAUCGCCAGCGCUCAAGAGACUCGAGUGCGGCGGGUGACCCUAGUAGCUCCAGUAGCGAAACCAAUGCGGUGGAUCAGCCUCAAGGAGGGUUCGGUCGUCCGUCAGCAAACUUUGACUAUCCAACUACGACCACGGGGUCCGCUACCCGACAACGGACUCAUCAGCGAUCGCACUCUAGGAACCGAGGACCUGAGAGACAGGAGAGCACAUCAGAAAUCCGACACGAGCCGUUCCGCCUUUCCAACACGGAGUUGAGGACCAAUGUAGCAGCAGAGCGUCUUCGCCGACAACGGCAAAUGAUCAAUGACGCGCGCAACCGGAACAGCCAAGGCGAACGAUUUCGGCAGCAACUACCAGGCUAUGACCAGCCUCGUUCUUCCCGGUGGAUGCAUAGUAUCUUGGACGAACUUCCCGAUCGAAGUUUGGGUGUUGGGUACCGGGACCAAGAUACAGGUAGUACAGCCGGAGUUGGUUGGGGCGCAGACGGCCGGACGUUGUAA